AUGCGUCUAUCUAUCGUCUUUGCGGUGGUCGCGGCAACCUUCCUCGCGACCAGUGAUGUUACCGUGGCAAACCAACGAUUUUUGAGGACCAACCACGCCCACCGUACGACUGCUGCCGACUUCGAAGAAAGAACCAUCCCCAAGAGUGACCUGAAAGCGUUGUUUCGCCGUUUUGACCUCGACUGGAAAUUAUACAAGACCAAUCCAGCAUCUGUCCUACAAGGUAUGAGUGCCACAAAAUAUCAGGAGUACCAGCAAGCAUUCAACGCACUGCAGAAGCUGCACAAAGCGAAAGGAUAUGGUCGUAUCAAAGCAGCCGGUAGUUAA